UUCAUUCCCCCCACCCGACCCACCUUGACCAGGCGCCCCCCACCCCCACCUACUACUACUUGACCCACCUCCACCUAAAGCAAUCCAUCCUCCUCUGCUGCUCUCGUCUCGCUCGUCUUCGUCUUGCUCCAGCCGUCGGAUCGGAUCCGAUCCAAAGCAAGCAGCAGCCGGGAGGAGGGAGAGCCCUCGCCUCCGUCUCCCGCAGACGCCGCACCCCGUCCGUCACCAAAGCAAGAGGAGGAAGACGAGGAUGUCGGAGUCCAAGGUGUACACCCUCGAGGAGGUGGCCAAGCACAACACCAAGGACGACUGCUGGCUCGUCAUCGGCGGAAAGGUGUACAAUGUGACCAAGUUCCUGGAUGACCACCCUGGAGGUGAUGAUGUUCUGCUGUCUUCCACUGCCAAGGAUGCUACUGAUGAUUUUGAAGAUGUGGGGCACAGCACCACUGCUCGUGCAAUGAUGGACGAGUACUUAGUCGGCGAAAUUGAUGCAGCCACAAUACCCACCAAGGUGAAGUACACGCCCCCCAAGCAGCCACACUACAACCAGGAUAAGACCCCAGAGUUCGUCAUCAAGAUCCUCCAGUUUUUGGUCCCCCUGGCAAUAUUGGGCUUGGCUGUCGCUGUAAGGAUCUACACCAAGUCGGAAUCUGCCUAGUUUGCUGUCAAUGCUUAAAUGAAAGAUCAUGAACUGAAUAAGUUAGUGAGGAUUGCAUCGUGUACCAGCAUCGCCUGUCAUUAAUUCAGAAACUUCAGUCUUUGCUGUCGAAUGGUUGUGUGAGACGUCUAUUGGUAAAGUGAGACCUGAAUGGAAUUGAUGGCUGUUCUCUUAUAUUUUUAUUUGUUUUUGAGGAAUGUAGUGAUUUACCUUAU